GAGGAGAGGUGACAGGAGGUAGGAUGGAAGGAGACAUGACGGGGGCUUCACAUUGGGGUAUGGAAACAGGCAUGGAAACAGGCAUGGAAACAGGCAUGGGAACAGGCAUGGAAAUGAAUACGGGAACAGGUAUGGUGCAGCAGGAUAGCCACAGUAUAGAGGAGGAGGAGGAGGAGGAGGGGUGGAAGGAGGAAGAGGAGGAGGGAUGGAAUGUGGAAGAGGAGGAGGAAGUAUGGAAGGAGGAAGAGGAGGAGGAGGGAUGGGAGGCAGUGCAGGCAUGGUGGCAUGGCGAGUGACAUGAGUCACAGGGCUACCAUUAAUACAGCCAUGGGCGGCGGCACCUUCAAUAAUACCAUGCCGCCGGAGUACAUGCCGAGCAUGCCUGAGCCCAUGCAUGCACGCAUGCCCCAUCCCAUGGGUGCGCACAUGGGUCCACGCAUGCCGCAUCACAUGAGUUCCCACAUGCCUGACCCCACAUGCAUGCGCCCCACAUGCCGGACCCAUGCAUGCAUGCACGGCCCCAUAUGCAUGCGCCCCACAUGCAUGCGCCCCAUAUGCAUGCGCCCCACAUGCAUGCGCCCCACAUGCAUGCGCCCCACAUGCAUGCGCCCCAUAUGCAUGCACCCCAUAUGCCUGAGCCCCAAAUGCCUGAGCCGGGGGACGAGCUGAAUGACUUGUUUGCUCCGAUGGAGGGCUGCGCCUCAUUCGAGGGCCACCAUGCCAUGGGGAGCGUGAUUCUUUCGGACAACAUGAAAGCGUAACAGCAGCACCACCACCACCACCACCAGCAGCAGGAGCAGCAGCAGGAGCAGCAGCUGCACGCCAGGUGUCCGUUACUCAUUCCUCCUUGCCCCCAUCCACACGACAUCCGUCCUCCAUCCCCCCAUUCAUCCUCCUCUGUUCCUCACACCAUCCCUCCACUGUCCUCCAUCCUCCACUUUCCUCCAUCCCUCCACUUUCCUCCAUCCCUCCACUGUCCUCCAUCCCUCCACCUUCCUCCAUCCCUCCACUUUCCUCCAUCCCUCCACUUUCCUCCAUCCCUCCACUUUCCUCCAUCCCUCCACCUUCCUCCAUCCCUCCACCUUCCUCCAUCCCCCCCACCACCUCCCUCGGCUUCUCAGAACAUUCCUCCCGCCUCCAUCUCUCCCUCUCCGCCUUCCCUCCCUCCGCCCUCACUUCUGUGCAUGCUUCCACUCCGUCCCAUGGCCACUCGCUCCCCGCUUGGCACGGGGAUGGGAGGAGGGUUCGGAGAUAUGGGUACAGGAGGUGGUGGUGUGUCUUUCGCCGGUGACGCAUGCGCACCCACCCUAGAUCUUUUGAAAUAGUGCCCACUCGUCGGUUUGGGCCUGCAAUGAGUCUCUCAACUGCUCAAGGAUAAGCACAUGAAAAACACGACUUGUUUAUGUAGGGGGUGCAUUCAAUUAAUACACAUGUUUUGUGAGUACAUAUCCUAUCCACAUUUGGGCCACUGAAAUUUAGCGCCCUUUCUCCUCUUAACAGUUUCUGAUGUGCAGAGUUCAGUAUCUCACAGUAGAAAUGACGGAUACAGGGGAAUAUGUGGUUGGGUGUUGUACUCUCUAAGAGCACGAAUCCUUCUAGCCU